CCUCUGAAACCGUCAGAUGUACGAAAUUCAGUUUGGCCACAAAUAACACGCUAUGAAUUCUACCAAUCCGAAGAAAACAGUAGAUAAUGAUCGCCAUGAACGUCAAUUGCAGAGCCGCACCAAGGACUGGGGCAAAACUAAGUUCAAGCCAAAGAAGUAUGUCCAACCGAAACCAGUACUCGUGCCACAGGCAACUGCGACGCCCUGGCAGCAUGUGAAGAACGACAUAAUUACGGAUUCGUCGGACCGGGGACACCAGGAUGUGGACAGCGAGGACGCAAGGCAGUUCAUGCAGCAGCGUCAGAAGAAUCACCGGCGUAAUGUCAUAGAAGCCAACCGGUCGCAGGAUACUAUAUGGGAGCCCUUCAACGAUGAGAAGCCCUCCACGGAAAGAAAACAACAGCUCUCCACGGACGUUGAGAACUUCACUUUUAAGGAGCGCAACUUUUUCCGAAAGCACCUUACACUGGGCUUCAGUUUAACGCAAAAGAAUGCAACACUCAAAUCUGCCCUAAAGGACUUGAAAUAUAAACAGCUGACACAGGACAAGUUAGAAUUAGAACGUUCGAAUCAUACACGUCGAAAUGUGAAAUCAUCUAAUGCAAACGAUGCAAAGGGUAGCAAUCCCUUUCAGAAAAUGCGAGAUAAUUCACAUCCUUAUCGAAAGAAGGGACAGAAUACGAAAAAUCCUUUUCAAAAAGGGCCACAUAGUGAAUAAGUUUAGCUUAUCCCCUACCCCUUAGGUGACUUCACAACCCAACUGGCAAAACAUGAAGUACCAAUUCAAAAAUAAAUAAAAGAUUCUUAGUCGGGUGACAAAUCAGAAAUGUA